UGGAAACAAAUUUAACUUGCAUUGCAUGAACUCUUCAAAGGCGUUAAUUGCUUUGAUUUUUCCCUUAUACACGAGCACAAUUCAAUUUCUUCAUUAACCGUAAAUUUUUAUUUGACUGCUGGAAACAACAAGGCUGAAGAUCAGCAGUAUCAGCACUGGGCAAGACCGGGCAACAGUAUCAUAGCUUGUUAUUUCAUCGCUCUUUCUUUCAUCUAAAUAAAUCAGACUCCAUCCUACUCCUACUCACUGUGAUCAAAAAUGGCUUCAAAAAAUAGGAAGUUAAUACCAAAUAUUUUUACUCUAAUAUUUGAUCAAAACUUGAAAAGGAUGAAAGUAAAGCCAAAAGCAGCAAAAGAGACACCCAAAACAAAAGUCUGUGCUCCAAAAAGAGAGAGGAUCGUCAAAGAAAUCAACAACUACGUGUUGAACCAUUGCCCAGGAGUGUCUCCAGAUGAAGUGCCAUCAACUUCAAAAUGCUUGAGUAGCACUCUUCCUGAUAAAUUGAUAUGCAUUAACAAAUCUACAGCUGGCAAAAUAGCUUCUGCAAUUCUUGAAAACAUUUCAUCAGGCACUUUGAAAGAUAUGCCCAUUUUGGAUAUAAGCCCUGGAUUGGGCCUGUUGUCUAAGAAACUGCUGGACUUGGGCGCAAACAAAUUGAGGCUCUACGAAUCACGGCCUAAAAUUAAUGCUAUGCUUCAGACAUUAGCCAAAAAUCACAAAACAAAAGUUCAAGUCUUUCAGCAAGAUCUGUACAACCUAGGCAAGACACUUUUCUUAGACAAAAUUCCUGGAUCUACUUUGAUGGACGAUGCCAUGCAAGGAAUUGAGUUCAAACAACCUCCUGAAAUCUCCUUCACAGUUGUUGGAGUAUGUUCCAAUUACAGUUUUCUGCAUCUCAUGCCACACACGAUUUGUUACGACCUAGGAUUCCCGCAUUAUGGGGCAACGGAAUACUUUUUAGUAGUCCACCCAUACAACUAUUUAAAAUUGACGUCAGUUCCAGGAGGAAAUUACUUACACUACAGAUACCAUACUGUUGCAUAUCAGAUUUUUUUCAAUACCCAAGUGGUUGCAAAAUUAGAACGCAAAAAUUUUCUUCCUUGGGAAAAAUCUUGGGAACUAAAUGCAAAGAAAAGUCUGAAUCAAAAGAAGCUCUAUUGUUUUGAUGAAGACUUUCUCUACCUUCUACAUAUAACUCCAAAGAGUACCAUUUACGAACUGAGUUCCUCAGAAAAGCAGCAGCUUUUGUAUUUUCUGAAAUUCAAUUUAAUGAGCAGGAGAGGAAAGAUUAUCCCAGCCCUUGAGAAGUGGAUUUCAAAUUGUGAAACUCGGCUACACAAGCUUGGUAUUGGCAAGAAUACUUGUUGUGGCGAAAUCUCUCCUGACAAAUUCCUGGCGUUGUUUCAAGAGUUCAUCUCCUGGCCAGAGUUUUCACAUUGUGCUUUCAACACUUCAAUGCACAUGUCUUUCCUCAAAAGCAAUUUACAGAGAAUUGAGCUAUCUCCUAUGGAGGAGGAAAGUCUGGAAGAAGAGGAGGAAGAGCAAUAUCAAUAAUAUUUUAGAUAGGGAUUGAGGGCGCUCAAAUAAAAUGAGUU